GAAGACCACUUCAAAAUCCCGGACUCGAAACAGGUCUGGGAGAAGCUAGCCCGGCACCGGGCCCGUAGUUUUACUGUGGGAGAGGCGCCGGCUAGUGCACGUGGGCCUGGGAACGGUCCCGGCGUGGCUGGGCCGCGAGGGGCGCCCGGGGCCUGGCUGACUCUCACCGACCCGGGGGCGGGCGAGGGAGGUGUGCCGUCGCCGCGUCUGCAGAAACGGCCCCUUUUGCGGGACAGUGCAGCCGCGUCCUGCCCCCCAACUCAACCCCUCCCGGGGCAGAAACUUCAGGAAGAGGCAGUUGGGAAAGCAGCAGCGCCCCCCAAGAGUUCGCGGGCCUUCCCACUCUCUUCCUCCCGCCCAGCCGACUCCCAAGGCCCCUGCAGCACAGGGCUCGGGUUUGGGGAAGGGAACCUCGGGGAGCAGGGCGAGGGGGGCUUUCCGAUCGCGAGGACACCCCUUUGCAGCGGACGCUGUGGGCUCGGCCGGUUGCCCCGCGCGGAGCCCCAGGUCCCGGCUCCCGGGCGGGGAAGGUGCCCGCCCCGAGCGCGUCCGGGGGUGGCGCCGCCGCGCGGGCCCCGGAAGUGGUGGCGGGCGGGGGGCGCGCAGCAGCCAUGGCCGCCGGCUUUGUGCGCGGCGCGCGGGUCCCGGCCGUCCGCCCCUCGCCCGAGCCGCGGAGCCGCCGCUGACCCGCCCCGGCCGCCGCCGGCCCCGCCCCCUCCGCCCGCGCUCUCCCCGCGCCCGCGCGCGCCCGCCGCCUCGCUGCCUGCCUGCCUGCCCGGCCGGCGGCGGGCCCAGGCCGUCCCGAUGCCCGAGCCUGGCCCCAGGAUGAACGGCUUCUCGCUGGGCGAGCUGUGCUGGCUCUUCUGCUGCCCGCCCUGCCCGAGCCGCAUCGCCGCCAAGCUGGCCUUCCUGCCGCCCGAGCCCACCUACACGGUGCUGGCGCCGGAGCAGCGCGGCCCGGGCCCCGGCGCGCCCGCCCCGGCCCCGGCCCCCGCGGCCACCGCGGCGCAGGCGGCCGAGGAGGGCGCGGGCCCGGGCGCGUGCAGCCUGCACCUGAGCGAGCGCGCCGACUGGCAGUACUCGCAGCGCGAGCUGGACGCCGUCGAGGUCUUCUUCUCGCGCACGGCCCGCGACAACCGGCUGGGCUGCAUGUUCGUGCGCUGCGCGCCCUCCAGCCGCUACACGCUGCUCUUCUCGCACGGCAACGCCGUGGACCUGGGCCAGAUGUGCAGCUUCUACAUCGGCCUGGGCUCGCGCAUCAACUGCAACAUCUUCUCCUACGACUACUCGGGCUACGGUGUCAGCUCGGGCCGGCCCUCCGAGAAGAACCUCUACGCCGACAUCGACGCCGCCUGGCAGGCGCUCCGCACCCGGUACGGCGUGAGUCCCGAGAACAUCAUCCUGUACGGGCAGAGCAUCGGGACCGUGCCCACGGUGGACCUGGCCUCCAGGUACGAGUGUGCUGCCGUCAUCCUGCACUCGCCGCUGAUGUCCGGUUUGCGCGUGGCCUUUCCCGACACCAGGAAGACGUACUGCUUCGAUGCCUUCCCCAGCAUCGACAAGAUCUCGAAGGUCACCUCUCCCGUGCUGGUCAUUCACGGGACCGAGGACGAGGUCAUUGACUUCUCCCAUGGCCUGGCCAUGUACGAGCGCUGCCCCCGAGCCGUGGAGCCCCUCUGGGUCGAAGGGGCCGGGCACAAUGACAUAGAGCUUUACGCACAAUACCUGGAGAGACUAAAACAGUUCAUAUCUCACGAGCUUCCUAAUUCCUGAAGACGACUUGAUUUUACCUCGCUUACUGUGAACACAAAGGGUCCUCUGGCCCGGGCGACCUCCAGGGAGGGUCGGCCUGUAGGGCGUGGUCCUCAGGGAGCUGGGGAAGCCUCAGGCUCGCGGCCAGAGGAUUUCUACUAAUACACACACCCCACCCUUUCCACCGCACCGCACUGCGCGGCUGCCCACCUCGCGUCCUUGCAGGGACUGGGGGCGAGGGCCGGCGGCGGGGCGGGUUCUGGGCGCUGUGUAAAGGAUGCUCCCCUCCAAGUCUCCGGCUUCCCUGUCACCUAGGAUUCACUUACGCAGGCCUCUCCCUGCCCUCCCCAUGUCCUCCGCCUUCCCAGGGUCAAUGCCUUGGUGAAGCUGUGCGGGAGCGGCUGGAAGACUGGUGACAGAAAUGUCCUCCUAACUCCUGCGAACAUGCCGGCCUUCCCCCGACACAGGUCACUGGAAGGGUAACUGGCUGGCACCGUCCCGAACAGCUUCACCCGCUGGAACCAUAGAAAUAUAACUGGAAUAUUCUUAAACUAAAAGAAACUGGAUUUUUUUUAAGUGUAAAUUUAUUACUAGCGAACAGAAUUUUCCUAUUUUGACCAGCUGGUCUAAUGACAAGAGCCUAACCGACUUUCCUCCUGGCGAGUCCACUUUGUAGGCUUUUUAAAAAGUCCUGUAGAUAAAUUUGCAACACAUUUGUGCAUAGAUUCCUAAUGGAUAGUUGUCCUUCGUCAGGAUUCAACUGCAAAUUCCUUGUUUGUAAUGUAAAUGAUUGGAUACAUUUUGUUAAUAUGUUUUUAUUCCUAUGUUUUGCUAUCAAAAAAUUUUAUAACAUUUCCAAGACAAAAAAAAGACCAGUUUAGGCUUUGAAGAAUUUAUGUAAUUAAAACUUCACAGAACUAAUCUUUUUACUUUCACAGGUAUUUAGGUUUUGACACUGGAGUUGCAUCUUAUAAGCAUCAGAAAUGGAAGAUGCUUGAAAUUGCUACACUGCUCGAAUUGGUUGAGGGUUUGGGUUUGGAGGGUUUUUUGUUUCGUUUAGUUUUGUUUUACUUUUUUUUCUCCAAAUUUAAAAGCCUUAAAUGUACUGUGAGCCUCAGAUUGUUGUGCGGCUGGACCGAGGUCGAGCACCGGUUUGUGUACUGCGGCCUGGGCGCGGCCCAGCGGUUGGUCACGGAAUAAAGGAUGCAUGGAUCAGA